CACACGAAUCUGAGUAAGAUUUAAACUACGACUCAACUAUGAAGUUCUGCGACCUAGAAGACGAGUACAAGAAGAAUAAAGAUUUGCACGCGGACGACCUCAAAUCACUGCAGGGAUGGGUUCAGAAGCAAUCGCACCUUCCGCCAGUGUCCGAUUUACAGUUGGCCAUUUUCCUCCACAGCUCCUAUUGGAGCAUGGAACAGGCCAAGGUCGCAAUUGAAAAAUUCCUGACCUACAGAGGGGCGUGGCCCGAUUUCUUUGCGAAUCGAAAUCCAAAGGAUCCGGCAGUGAAAAACGCCAUGAAAGUUACACUGUGCUCCUUUUUUCCGCAACGCACGCAUGAGAAUUACAAAGUUUUCUACUUCAAGCUGAUGGAUUUGGACGUCGAUAGGUUUUCUUGCAGGGAUAGUGUUAAAUUGUUCGAUAUGUGCAUAGCGUUGGAGAUCAUGGAGAAGGGUACCUUCGACGGUUUUGUGAUCAUUUGCGAUUUGCAGGAUGCUACGGCCGCACACGUUUUAAAGAUCGAUAUCUCAGCGAGCAGGAGGAUUUUGCUAUACCUGCAGGAGGCGUUACCUGUCAGAUUCAAGAAACUCCACGUCAUAACCAUGGGAGGACUUACAAACCUGAUGAUGUCGCUCAUAAAACCUUUCAUAAAGAAGGAGCUCUCGAGUUUGUUGCAUUUCCACGACUCCUACGAAGCGUUGUGCAAGUUCGUGCCACAAGAGCUACUUCCCGCUGAUCUAGGAGGGAAAAGCCCCACCACCAAGGAGCUCCACGAAAACAUGCAGAAGUCGUACACUGAACAUGCGGAUUUCUUCGUGGAACAGGAAGCAUUUGUUUCGAAUGAAAGUUUACGGGACCGUCGACCAUCCUACAUGGAUAAAGAUUUGGGGAUCGGCUUAGGGGGAUCUUUCAAGAAACUGGAUAUAGAUUAGUUAAAAUUACCACGUGAUGCAGAUGAAGAAUAAAGCCAUAAAAAUGCAUGCGGUUUGCUCCUAGAUCUUGGGUUACAUCUUCAAGAAGCUUUUCGAUAGACGUCAAAGGGAUUUAAUGAAAGAUCUUCUUAGAAGAACCGCUGUUUGAAUUAGUUUUGAAGAAACUGGCUUGCUGUUUUCCGAAAACCAGAAGAACUUCAGCCCCCAAGAAGUCAAAGACCACUAAACGACGCUGGCCUUCUCCUUGAAGAGGAUCUAAGAAGCUUUGGAAGAGGUUCCGACAUAUUUGGAACUCUGCCUUAUUCUUAUUCCCUCUUCCUUCCAUGUGUGUGAAUUGUCCUCCUCAUCUUCCUCUAUAUUUCCGUUUAAAAAUCUCCAACCUCUUGUUUUUAAUAAUUUCAGUAACACUUCUCGCUCUUGGUUUUCCAUCUUGUGGUUCUCUUCCCAUCUCUACACAUCCCCCCCCCUCCGAUAUUAGCACCACCUCCCUUUCAUCUACCAUAUUUUCUAUUUUAUUUAUUUAUUAUGCAAGUCCUGCAUUCCUUCUCCGUUGUGUAUCGUUAUCAUUCUCAUUUUCUUUCCCUUCCACUCAUCUGACCUGUAUUCCUUCCUCCUCUUUUGUUUCCUCGCCUCAUUUCCUUAUCCCUGUUUACCCUUGUUAAUAUACCCCUUUCUGCUUUUCCCUUUUCCCAGAAUCAUCUUUAUCAGCUAGCCCCGCUACACUCCAAUAUAAUUGCCCUUCUCUAUUUUUAUUUCGUUUUUCUCUUUUCCUCUGUUGUUUGUAUCUUUACCCCUUUCACCCUCUCUCCACCUCCACCUUCUCUGGCUCAUUUUUACCCUUAACCCUCCAAUUUCCUCCAUCUUUUUCGCUUUAUCUAUUUUGUUCCUUUGUCUCAUUAGUGCCGCUCUUCUUAUUUCUUCCUUUUAUCAAUUUCUCCAUUGCCCUCUCCAUGUUUUCCUCUUCUCUUCCCCUCAAUUCGCUCCCUUCCCCUUUCUAUUCUGCUCUCUCACUCCUAUCUCACCGCUUCCGCUUUCCUAUGCUCCUGUGUGCUCCUUCUAAACAUUUCGAACCACUCUUCCUCUUCUUCUUUUCUCUAUUUACUUCUCAGAUUCUUUUCCAACCGCGUUAUUUAAGGGAUGAUAGGCGUAGAUUG